AUGCCGAUUACUGGCUUAUUCAGUGCGGUCAGACGAAGACUGGGUGGCCAAAGAGGUGAAGAACUGACUUAUGAAGGUUGGCCAAAUGAGCUUCAGGAAGAGCUUAGAAUUUGUCGCGACGCUAGAAUAGCAACAGAUAUUGACUUCGGCAAAUACGGCGAUGCUCAUUCCCAAGUCAUUCUCGCCAUUGGAGGCGAAACUCUUCUCAAUAAGGCCGUCAACUUCGUAUCCAAACUAAGCGACGAAGAACGAAUCAAACCAGAGCCAGAAAAAGAUGAAGAAACAACCGAUCCAGAAGCUCCGCCAAAAUACGAAGACUCGCAGGAAAACAGAGCUUUUGCAGAGAAGAAUCUGAGAGACUUGCAGGAGAAACUAAAGGUUCUAGAAGAUCUGAUGGCUGAUCAUCCGGAGCCAGAGCCGGUUAAGAAAAAGAUGGACCAGGUUCAAGCGCCGCCGGAAGGAUAUGAAGAGGAAGAAAAGCUGGUUGAUACAGGAGAUCUCGAAGAAAGUCAUCCCUCCGAGCCACCAGCAGUCGAUCGAACCGCAAAGCCUGAUAUAAGUGUUGAAGAAAUCGAGGAAAAAGCUGCUGCUGUUUUGGAAAUCACUGAAAAAUCGGAGGAAGCAGAAGAAAAGAAAGAAGAUGAAUCAAAACCAGAAGAGUCCCUCGUGACACUAGAAGCUCCACCUACAGAAGACUCUGUCAAAGUAGAAACUGAUGAAUUAAAGAAAUCCGAUAACGAUGGGAAAGAUACAGACAGUACAGAAAUGUCGAUCGAGAAAAAAGAAGCAGAAGUCAUCGCAGCGGCCAAAUUUCAAAUGGAAAAUGAUGGACCAGAUGAUCUUCCACCAACUUACGAAGAAACAACUAAAAAGGAGGAAAGUAGCUUCACAGCUUUCCCCGAUCUUGGUGAUCUUCCUUCGAUUCCUGCUCUUAUUAACUUCUUUUACACUGGCGAGCUUUUGAUCUCGAAACGGAACCGAUCAGAUCUGAUGGAUCUGGCGACGGAAUUCUCACUUCCGCUCAUUAUUACAGGCUGCGAAGAGUAUGAUAAGAUGCUCGGGCCUGAUAAAGACGAAGAGUCCGAUAUUUCUGGCAUUCGAUACAAACACAGAAACCACAAAGAAGCAGCUCAAUUCAUCCAUCUUGCACUCACCGCCCAGUGGCGACAGCAGAAAACCCUUCAAACUGACACAGAAACAAAGUCCGACUUGAGCUGGUCUCAUUUCGACAAUGUUCUCGCGCAUAGAUUCAUCCUUGCGUCCGUCUCUGGCUUCUUCAAGAAACAAAUCGAAGAUGACGUUGUUGAUCUCGACCUGACUUCCGGAGCAUCGAAAGAGCUCUUUGAAAAGAUCAUCAACUUUUUGUACACGGGAACAAUUUCUAAUUUGACUCAGACGAUUGCUCGGGAGAUGCUUAUUCUUUGCACGGAACUUGAUAUCAAACGACUUUCGGAUAUUUUGAUUGACUGGCUGAUCAGCCGAAUUCGUCCCGAAAACUGUAUCGAGCUUCAACUUCUUGGUUCAAAUCACGAGAUCGCAUCUUUGACCGAGCGUGCUCGAUCCUACACUCUGAAAAAUUUCAUCUCUGUUGCCAAGACCGAUGCCUUCAAAGAACUGCCAAUCGAUUGGCUUACUGACUACAUUCAGGAUAAUGACAUUGAGGUGGAAUUUCCCGCUUCAAAGGGAGAAGUCAACCUUUUCAACCUUGUCAAACGAUGGGCGGAUGUGAACGCGGAUGAAAGAGCUGAUGACUUCGCUGAAGUUGCUACCAAAGCAAUUCGGUUUGACUUGAUGACCCUAGCAGAUCUCGAAGAAGUGAUUUCCAAGGACAUCAUGGUCAUCGGUUCAGCCAAGGUUACCGAAGCCGUCGCACAAGUCAUCAAAAACAAGAAAAACAACUGCGUUCCCUGUGGAAACAUGCGUGGUGCAGAAUCACUAGUCAUUACUGGCGGGUCUGUCCCCAUCAUUGACGAGUUCAAAGGAGGAAUUUACGACGGCGAGGAUCACCAUGUUUAUGAUAACUCAGUUGUAGCGCUCCACCCUAAGACCUUUACAACAAACACAAUCGCCCGCAUGCCAGAAAAACUAUGCUUGCAUCAAUGUGUUGUUGUUGGUCCCUGUCUUUACAUCGCCGGCGGUUUCGACAGCUUCUCAGUCAUCAUCGAUGAAGUCUGGCGACUCGAUCUUACUGACGGGACUUGGAAGAAACUGCCAUCGAUGAAGACCCCAAGAGCGUGUUUUCAGCUCGUUGCUCUUGGAGAAUAUCUCUUUGCCCUUGGUGGAUUGACUCCAGCUGGCUACACUAGAUCUAUGGAGCGGUUCGAAAUGAUGACGGAAGAGUGGGAAUUUACUGCGCCAUUGAAUGAGUCGCUCUUCAGACAUGCAGCUUGUAUUACACAAGCUGGAAAGAUCAUGGUUUCCGGAGGUAUCACAUCCACUCGCGAGACUGGAAUCGAGGACGUCUUCGAAUACAACCCAGAUUUUGAUCGAUGGAUGGAACGUGCGCCAAUGAACAAUCCUCGCGAUUCGCACACAAUGAUUUCGCACGGAUUCAAAGUCUUCGUUGUUGGCGGACAAGAGCAAACUCGCGCUGGAGUCGAGGUUUACAACACGAAAUUCAACACCUGGCUUGAAUUGAUGACUGCGCCGAGAAUUCAGUAUAUGUCGGCUUGUGGAAUGGCUGACAAAAAGAUUUUCAUGGUUGGCGGAUGGGAGAACGAUACAGAAUCUCUCGAUGUCGUAGCUUCUUAUGACUAUGAAAAAGAUGAGUGGGGCGAAGAAGGCGAGAUGGGUCUUGCGAGAGGCUCCGCUGAUGCUGCUGUUAUCCGACUACCACGAUUAUACUGGUCCAACAAACUUUUUAAAUCACCAUGA